AUGCCGCCGGAAUCCAUGAGGAGGGCUGUGAGGUUUGCAGGGCGCUGGCUGGGCCACGCAGGAGUUUGCGCAGCAGGUGGGGCCGGCUACAUGUUUUACAGGGAGUCAAGACCUCCCUCGGGCGCUCGGCCUGAAGAAAGCUUUGCGACCGGGUUGCGGUUGACCACCAAUUCAGAUUUGACGGCUCUUGUUGGAUGCCUUGAUGUGCAUGGGGUCGCCGUGAUGGCCAACAUGGUGCCACUUCGGCGUGAUAUGGGGCAGGAGUACUGCAGGCCCUUUGCGAGGGUGCUUGAAGGUAUCACCUUUCAGGGACGUUCCUUGCUUACUCCUGCCGGUGGUUUGAACCUAGAUGUGUUUGGUGCAGCUAUUGGUUCCGCCAUUUCGAUGCCUUUGCUUAUUCCUGGCUCAUUCCUCGCUGGGGCAUUGGUUGGUGAAUCCUCUGGCUAUCUGGUAUCGGUUAUGCAGUCGAUGCAGCAUCCCACCCUGAAGGCGCUGCUUGAUGCAGCCUGCUCCAGGAUUGGUCAGUGCACGCCCUCACUGCGCUUCGACCCGGAGGAGCUCAGCCAAAGCUGGUCCUUUGCUCCCGUUGCGGUUCAGGCGAAAGAUACAGAGGCAGAGAGUGGGAACUCUCGCUUGGGUCCCUGGGGCUCGGCUCUGUCGUUGCUCCUUUUUGGGCCCCUGGCCUUCAAGAAGAAAGACGACGCGGAUGCAAGUCCGAGCAAGCAGAUGCCGAGAACUGUUGCCGGCUGGCACACGUGGUGCUUCUACCAUAGGGAAGAGCUGACGGAAGAAGGAGUUAUGCCUGAUGUGGCCCAACUGAUGCACGAAGCUCACCGUGCGUCGUGGCACAGCAGCCAUGAUUCGACUGAUCUGCUGAGCACGGAUGCUGCGUGGCGCCUGCCUGACUUGGCUUUGACUGCUGCCACGCUGCGUUCGGCUGAGAAGCUGUGGCUGCCGGUGCUUCAAGCGCAGCUCCCACAAAGCUUCAGUCAUGCGGGAGAUGCCGGGCAUGCGGGUGAAAGGCCGGAACAGUGUCCCAGGCCCAUCCGGCAGGGCUAUUCCCUGUCGCUGAAGCAAGCAUCGCUGCUGUGGGCAGACUCUAGUUCGGCUUCCGGCACGAGCUCUCGGACAUGGUCAGACCUUGAGGGUUUUGGCACAGGGUCAGCGGAGGGUAUCUCUGUGGUGGUGCCUCUCGUAGACAUGGCCCAAGACUUCGUGCUGGAGGUGAUCGCCGGUUCCCACAAAGAGCUGGAGGGGUGGAGAUUGCCGGAGGUCACCCUCGACAACGUACCUGCGCUGGCCGGAGACAUUUUGGUGCUGGACAACAGAGUUUGGCACCGGUUGAGAGUGCCCACGCCGCAAGCUGCACAAAAGGUGGUGCUUCUGCAGUACGAGUAUGCCAUCGAGUCGAACGGCAAGGAAGCCCCACUGCACCGAGGCUCCACAGCGUAUGACAUGGCUGCUGGAGCCCGCAGAUUCGGGCUGGAGGCAGUUGGCCAAAUGCAGGUCGCAGGCUCGGCAUUGCUCGAGCUCGCAGGAGCUGCAGAGCUCAUGAGCCUUGCCGAGUUCCACAAGGCGUGCAAGGAUGACAUGAAGAUGCUACAGGCCGCGGAAGAUGCCAUGGCCAUCUACCGAGCAAAAAAUAGCUUGCCGGGACAGUCGAAUGCUUUGCGGCUGCUCGUCAAGGCUCAUUGUACAGCUCAGAACGACCUGAAGGGUAUCGAGGUGGCGGAGGCCGCGCUGGAGCAGUUUCGUGGUCAGCGGUACAAGCGCGGCGAGGCAGUUGCCUUGGAUCAGAUCGCGUCUGUCCAGUACAACAUGAGAAGACCUUCAGAGGCCCUCGACAAUGCCCUCCAAGCGCUGGAUAUCAUCAAGGAGCUGGAGGACCUGCCAUGGGAGGCCGUCAUGCUGCAUUCUGUGGCCGCUCUGCGCUGUGCCACGAAGCAGUACCCUGAAGCACUCCAAGCCGCGCAAGAGGCAAUCUGGAUUCUAGAAGAUAUCGGAGAUCGCAGCGGGCAGGCAUACGUGCGGCUGAACACUGUGCUGCAAGUGCAAACCCAGCUACAGGAGUACCAGGAGGCCCUGAGCACUGCCGAAGAGGCAGUGGCCAUCUUUCGGGAGCUCAAGGAUCGUCGUGGGGAAGCAACCGGUUUGCUGCUAGCAGCCAAUGUCUACAAGAUGGUUGGUCAGCUGGAGGAGGCUGAGAAGUGGUUGCUGCAAGCACAAGAGAUCUUUGAGGACUUGGGUGAGCGGCGUUUGUUGGCCCAAGUGCUGCACAGCAUGGCCAAGAUUCAUAUUGCCAAGCAGGAGCCUGCAGAGGCAGUUCGACUUGCCUAUGAAGCACAUGCGCUUUGCAAGAGGGCUCGUGAUAAGGCCGCGGAGGCUGGGACACUCCUCUUCACUGUCGAAGCUCAUCUCUCCUUCAUUGCGCAGCUCGUCGAGAACGGAAGGAUGCGAGGGAGCCGAGAGCUCGAAGAGCAGCUCUCAAAAGCAGAGAAAGCUGGCAUAGCUGCAAAGAGAAUAGCAGAUAAGCUGGGCCAUCAGCAGACCAUAGCUGACUGCUUCUACGCCUUGUCGGAAGUCAACCUGGUCAGCGGCAGGUAUCAGGAGGCUCUGGAUGGUGCCGACGAGGGCAUCAAGAUCUACCAAGAUGUGGGUUACCAGCUUGGCGAGUGUACCUUCGUGAACAUGAAAGCGCAGGCUCUGCUUGUCAGCGGUAAGAACGACGAAGCCUUGAUUGCUGCACAGGAGGCAGUGAGCAUGGCAAAGGCUAUGGAUGACAAGCCUUUGGAAGUUCUCGCUCAAGAGAUUCUGGACAAAGUGAUGCAAGGCCAGCAGAUGGGCGUCCAGCCGACCCAGGUGAGUCAGCCCAGGUAUGUCCAGGAAGAGGAAGAAGAAGAGAUUCAGGAGGUGCCAGCCGAGUCCCGCAUUGAGGAGGAGAAGCCGAAGGGCCUGGAGCCAGCCAUCGUCAGCGACAUGUUGCACAACAUGCUCCGUGAAAUGAUGGGCUCAGACAUGGAAUCUGAUACUCCCUUGAUGGAUGCCGGAGUAGACAGCUUGAUGAGCAUCGAGUUCAGGAGCCAGGUCAACCAAGCCUUUUCUGGGCUCGGCCUUUCCUCAACGCUCACGUUCGACUAUCCGACCAUCAGAGAGCUGACCGGGCACAUCGUUGAUAAGAGCAAGAAUCAAUAG